GUGUGUGUGUGUGUGUGUGUGUGUGUGUCAGCUGAGCUCAUUGGACAGGGUUUACACCGUAACACAGUCCGGAGUGAAAGUGGCAGCAAUGAACCGACCAGGUUUUGGUGGGGCUUCAUCGUCCCUGAGCUUCUCCUCGAGGGUAACAGAAAACGGAUGCUCACCCUCAGAUCUAACAGAGGAGGACUUGGACGGUUUACGGAUUGAACUUUCACAGAUGGAGGAUGAAAUUCAGACCUUGCGACAGGUGCUGUUGGUCAAAGAAAAAUGUGCAGCAGACAUCCGGAGGCAGCUCGGUAUGAGUCCACUCAAUAACCUCAAACAGAACCUGUCCAAAGGCUGGCAGGACGUCCAGACUUCAGGCCCAUAUCUCACAGCCUCUGCCACUUUGGACGACAUCAGUCACUCUGACAUCUAUGUGAGGACACGCCAGGGUCUCUCCCAUGCAGGCCAGGUGACAUCAUCUGCACUGUCCAAUAUGGGCAUGGUCAUCACCAGGAGAGUGGCAGAGAUGAGAGCUCUGCCUCUCCCGAGCCCGCCACGCACCCUGAGCCACAACAUGAGUGUACCGUCUAUGAGACAUUCUUCCACGUUCAAGUCUUUUGAAGACAUGGUUGGCAGUGUGAAGGACAAGGUGACAGGAAGUCCGUCGAAUAAUGCUGACUCGUUUGGGUUUGAAAGAAAAUCACGUCACAGGACAUGAGAUGGAUCCUCAUUAUUUUUCAUAUCUUGAAAAGUUAUGAAAGAAUGUUAUGUUGUUCCUCUGUGUGUGUGAGUUAUUUCUGACUCUUGUAUUAAUACAGUACUACUAAUAGAAUAUAUGAAAUGUAAAAGGGUUUUGUAGAAAUAGUCUUUUAAUAUGAUAAUAUGUUGUAAUUCUGCUACAUUUAAGAGUUAUUUAUUUUUUUGUUAUUUACAGUGAGUGCAGUAAACACAUCUUCUCAAAUCAAUUAAAUUACUUAAAAUAUGCAU